AUGGCUGGUUCACAAUUGAAAAAUCUAAAAGAAGCAUUAAAAGCCAAGGGUUUAACUGGAUCUGAUGCAAGCAAGAAAAAUAAUCGCAAAAAAAGACAAGCUAAAGAUUACGACCGUGAGGAAAGAGAAAAAGUUAUUGCUCAAAUAAGACAACAAUUCAAUCCAUUUGAUUUCAAAACCAAUAAAAAUAAGCGUAAUCUAGAUAAAGAUGAUAAAGUAAUUCAGGUUGGGAAACCAGGAAUUUCGAAGCAAAUUGGCGAAGAACAAAGAGCCAAUGCCUAUGAAAGUAAAAAAUUGAUUAAAAACAAAAACGGUUCCUUUAGAGACAAACGUUUUGGUGAAAGAAAUAAGUAUUUGACCGAUGAAGAAAAAAUGCUUGAACGUUUCAAAAAAGAAAGACAAGUUCAAUCAUCUAAAAGAUCCUUAUUUGAUAUAGAAGAUGAUGAAAAUGACACAGAUACUGAUAUUUAUGGUACUAAUCUAACACAUUAUGGUAAAGCUUUGUCGUUUAAAGAUGAUUUUGGUAAUGGAGACUCAGAAGUGGACAGUUCUGAAGAUACUAACGAAGUUGAUGGGUUUAAAAAAGUUACAAGAAAAAGGCAUGAGGAACCUUUUAACAUUGAUGCGGAGGAAGAACCAAAGAGAAAGAAAACAAAGGCGGAAGUUAUGCAGGAAGUUAUUGCAAAAUCCAAAUUUUAUAAACAUGAGAGACAAGCUAAGCAUGAACAAAUGUUAGAGAAGGUUGAAGAUUUGGACGAAGAUUUUGAAUCUAUAAUGAGCGAAUUACGGAAAACAAACAGAAAUCCACCAAAAGAAAGUGGUCUCGAUACACCUGGUUUUAAAGACUACGAUAUGAAAGUUAGAGAAUUAGUAGGUGAAAAAAGAGCCACACCAGCUGAUAGAACAAAAACUGAAGAAGAAUUAACUAAAGAAAGAAAAGACAAACUUAAUGAAUUAGAACAAAAUAGAAUAAAUAGAAUGAAUGGUAUCUUUGGUUUGGAAGACGAAGAAAAAAACGGUGAUGGAGUGGAAGAUUUAGAUGGAGAAGGGUUCUGGGGUGAUAGCGAUUAUAAUGAUGAUUAUAUAUAUGGUGCAAAUAUUCCAAAUUCUGAGGAUGAUGUCUCAUUAUCUGACGCUGAAGAGUUUACUUCUGUAUCAGAAAAAAAGACCGAGCUUGUUCCAUCUUUACCCUGUCCACAAACACAUGAUGAAUUGCUUCACUUUUUAGAAAAAUAUCCUAGCACGGAACAUGUUUCUCUGAUAAAAAAAAUUAUUAGAACCUACCAGCCAAAAUUAGCCGAAGGCAAUAAGGAAAAGUUAAAUACAUUUGUGGGUGUUAUAUUUAGACAUAUUAUUUUUUUAAAUAAUGUUGAUUAUUCAUCCUAUGUUGAAGAGUUUAAAGCCACCCAAAACUCGUUAAUUGCCAUCCUAAAGAUCAUGUCAGAAAAAUAUAACAUGGGCUUAUCGGUAAUGUGUCGUGAGUAUAUAAAGGAAUUACAGCUAAGAUUCAAAAAGCAUUCUUUCAAAUCAUUGGCACCAGGCGAUUUAAUUUUUUUUGUUGUAAUUGGUUUUAUAUUUUCCACUUCAGACCACUAUCAUUUAGUUGUUACACCAGCGAAUAUUUUAAUAGGUGAAUUUUUAGAACAAAUUAAAAUAGAUUCCUUCCAAAGUUUACUUUACUGUGCUAUAUUGUCUUCCAUAAGUUUGCAAUAUCAAAGAUACUCCAAACGAUUUGUCCCAGAAAUUGUUUAUUUUUUGGAAAAGGCAUUAAUAACAAUGUUACCGGUGACCAAAGAUGUGAAAAAAGAUCAUUUCGAGACAUUAAAAAUUAAUACAUACGAUGUUGUUAUUCCAACGAACAUUAGAAAUGUUGAAACAAUUCCACCUUUACAAUUGCAUUCGUUGUUUUCAAAGAAAUUCGAUGACGAUGAAAAAUCCAAUGUUUUUUUCAAUAUAUUAGCUAUAUUGGAUCAAUUUAUUAGUACUGUUUGGAAAAACUUAUCUGCAUUUCAAGAAAUAAUAUUGCCAAUUGAGAAAAUAUUAAAGGAAUACGAAUUAUUGUCCCCAGAAUUACUUUUGGUGAAAAAUAUAAAUGAAAAAAUAGCAAAAUUGGUCAAGUUUAACGUUCAUUUGCCUCUAACUUUACAGGAUCAUAAACCAAUGGCAAUUCCUACUUAUGCCCCUAAAUUUGAAGAAAACUUUAAUCCAGCAAAGAAGUCAUAUGAUCCUGAUAUGACCAGAAACGAAAUCAAUAAGAUGAAAGCACAACUGAAGAAAGAACGUAAGUUCACCAUGAAAGAAAUUCGUAAGGAUACCAAAUUUGAAGCUAGAAAAAGAAUUGAGGAGAAAAAGACAGAGUACGCCGAUUACCAUGGUAAGAUGGCUCGUAUCGUCAAUACCAUUAAUACUGUUGAAGGUGCUGAAAAAAAUAAAUAUGAAAGGGAAAAAAGUUUACGUUCUGGAAAGAAGUAA